AUGUCUGAAGACUGGGGAAACCAGCCGCCUCAGUCGUACCCUACUGGCUACUAUCCUCAUCCUUCGACCCACGAGCAGUACAUCCAGCCCCAGGUCCAUCCUCACCAAGUUUCGUAUCCAGGACAGCCGCCAGUCUCCGGACUUCCUCCAAAUCAGUAUCACGCGUAUCCACAGGCUGCUCCUCAAUCAUAUCCCUACAUUCAACAGGGCCAGCCGCCGCCAGACUCGAUGCACACACGCGCCAACUCGCGAGGUCUCGCCGUCGACCCAGCUUUUGCACAUCAUCAAAAUGUCUACGGGCAACCAAUGGCAGACAACUCGUCACGAACGCGUCCUACGAGGAGCAACGCCAACUAUGGCCAGCCCAUGCCCGCCGCUGCUCCCUCCGCCCAACGGACGAGCCGAGCACCGCGUGUAAACUAUAAAGAAGAGCCCGUAGAUGGAUAUGAUCCCAAUCAGGACGAUCUGACCUAUGGGAUGAUGGGCUCCCAUCCACAGGCUUCGACAACGACGCAAUACUAUGAAUCUCACAGCACGUACGCUGAACAGACUGUCAGUCAGAGUCAACAGCAGGUACAAGCUGUUGCUAUGAAAUACGAGGCAUCGACGAAUGGAGGCGUCGUUCCAGCUCAGCCCGCAUCCGCCAACAACGAUCCCAACGAGGAAGACGAGGAAGAAGUCGUCGUCACAAAAAGAGGGCGAGUAACAAAGCGUCUUCAUUUUAUUGAAAGUAGUGACGACGAGGAUGGUGAAGCGAAGCCGCAAAAGCGGCGUCUGAAGCGUCGAGGGAAUGAUGAUUUCAUUGCCUCGGAUGACGAAGACGAUAAGGCAGUAGACGACGAAGAUCAGUCGUUUGGAGACCGCCCUGGUCGUUUAACGAGGGCAAAGGCAACCAAGCUCAGCGAGCAUCGCCCUCAGUCGGGAAACAAGUCUAGCAAAAGCUCGAAAAAGCGGAGCUCGCACAAGAAGCGCUCAAAUGACGACUCGGAAGCGGAUUAUAUCGACGACGAUGACGAGGCAGAAACCUCCGACGCGUCCGACGCUCAACGAACCUCACCCUCGUUACCACCGUCUGAAGAAGAAGAAGAUCUCGAUCCGGGUGGACCAAAGACAUAUGGUUUCCGCUCAAGACAGGGACAACCUACCAACUACAAUGAGAUUGCGGCCUUUGAGAAGAUGGAGCAAAACGGUGUAGCUGUGAAAAAGAAGUCAAAGACCAAAAAGACAAAGAUGAACUGGACUGGAAAGGACUAUGAAAACGCCUGGGGCCCGUUGCCCGGUCAAAGCGAUUCUGACAGCGACGCCAUGAAAACACCGCACAAGGCUGGUCUCCCUCCCGGCAUGCCGGGAAAUGGAGGAAUGCUGGCCGGUGGGGCAGGUUUACCACUUGAUCUCGCUGGUACCCCAUCGAAUCUUGGAAGAAUCGGCGAAGCAGGUCUUGCCGAUGCGGAUCCAUUGGGGGUGAAUGUCAAUGUAUCUUUCGACGACGUAGGCGGUUUGGAUGAGCACGUUUCGAAGCUAAAGGAGAUGACGCUACUGCCUCUCCUUUAUCCCGACAUGUUCCAAAGUAUCGGGGUUACACCGCCGAGGGGUGUACUGUUCCAUGGACCUCCGGGAACGGGAAAGACACUCGUUGCACGUGCACUUGCGGCUAGCUGCCGUAGUGAGGGCCGCAGUGUCUCGUUCUUCAUGCGUAAAGGGGCGGAUUGUCUCUCGAAAUGGGUGGGAGAAGCCGAGCGACAGCUGCGACUCCUGUUCGAGGAAGCAAAGAAGGUUCAGCCUAGCAUCAUUUUCUUUGACGAAAUCGACGGUCUCGCACCUGUGCGGAGUUCGAAGCAAGACCAGAUCCAUGCGAGUAUUGUCUCGACCCUCCUGGCGCUUAUGGACGGUAUGGAUGGUCGUGGACAAGUGAUUGUUAUUGGGGCCACGAAUCGACCGGAUGCAAUCGACCCAGCUCUUAGACGACCUGGUCGUUUUGACCGCGAGUUCUACUUCCCAUUGCCCAACUUUGAUGCUCGACUCAAGAUACUCGAAAUCAUGACCAAACACUGGGAGAACUGGAAGGGUGAAAAGGGAGAAGAGUCGAGGAAGCGCUUAGCAAAGCUCACCAAGGGGUAUGGAGGAGCGGAUCUCAGGGCAUUGUGCACAGAGGCAGCUCUCAAUGCCAUUCAGCGACAAUAUCCACAGAUCUAUCAGUCGAGCGAACGACUCUUGCUUGAUCACAGCAAAAUUGAAGUACAAGCUAGAGACUUUAUGAUCUCGGUGAAAGAAGUCAUUCCAUCCUCGGCGCGUUCCACUGCAUCCGCAGCAGCACCUCUCCCCCAACAGCUCGAGCCAUUGCUCGAAGGCGCUCUAAAUGAGGUCAAGAGCGCGCUGGACAGAAACCUCCCCAAGUCGAAGAAGCGUUCCCCUCUAGAGGAAGCACAAUGGGAGGAGGAUCAUCCGGAUGGAGAAGCAGGAGCGUUUGAGCGUGAAAUGAUGCUACAGACACUAGAGUCGCAGCGUGUUAAUCGACCCAGGCUGCUUCUUUACGGCGCUCCUGGUAUGGGCCAACGUGCUGUCGGUGCAGCAGCUCUGCAUCAUCUUGAAGGUUAUAGCAUUCAGAGUUUCGACCUUGGAACCUUGACGGGAGACUCUGCCAGGACUCCUGAAGCUGCCGUUGUUCAGCUCUUUAUCGAAGCCAAGCGACAUGCGCCGUCGAUCAUCUAUAUCCCAUCUCUAUUGGCGUUGUGCGGUUCACUACCAGAAACCUGCCGAGCACUGAUCGCAGACUCUCUGGAAUCCUUGGAGCCACAUGAGCCUAUCCUCCUCCUGGCCAUCCUAACUGGCUCCGUCAAAGAUCUUCCCCGAGAUGUCCGCGCAUGGUUUGGGAAGACCAGCGGCUCUCGUGUCUGCUUUACGGCACCGAAUGAGGAGAGGCGCGCAGCAUUCUUCCAAGAGCUGAUCGACUAUGUCAAGAAACCACCGUCUCAAUUCCCAGACGCAGUAAAACGUCGUCGGCGUGUUCUAGAGGCUUUGCCUGUCGCUCCACCUCUGCCACCCCGCGAGCCGUCUGCGGCCGAACUUGCUGCUCAAGAGCAGCAGGACACGGUCUUGUUCUACAAGCUCAAGAGUCACCUCAAUAGUAUUUACGCUCAAUGUCGCAAAGCCGAUAGCAAGUUCUGUAGGGCCACGAUUGGUCAAACCGUCGGCGAUAUUCAGACUGAAGAUGGCAUCUGGUGGGGCAAGCCGCGUCUUCUGCCACCCAAAGAGCCAACCGAGGCCGAUCCUGCUAAUGAAGCCACCGUUGUACCUGCUGAGGGCGCGCCCCCUGCACCCGCCUAUGGCCGCAACCGACUUCAUGACAUUGACAUGGCUCGUAUUCACGAUUGGAUCUGGGAAGGCAGAUAUCGUACCUCUACCGAGUUUCUCCGUGCCGUCAGACUCGUGCGCGAGAAUGCAGAGAUGGAGAAGCGCGAGGAUGAUGCAGACUCGAAGGACAUGUUCAGGAGGGCUGACAAGGUCUAUGGCGUCGCGCAGGAGGAAGUUGGGAGGACAGAACCUAUGUUCAACCUCGAGACGGAAAGGAUGGCAGCCCGGUUCAGAGAAAGGGAACGCAAGGCGAGAGAAGCACAAGAAAAAAAGGAAGCAGAGGAGAAGGCGAAAGCUGACGCAAAUGGACUGGUCGAGAAUGGAGGGGAAGAUUCCGUCAUGGCCAACGACGGAACAGAGGACCGGCAUGCUCUCAAGAGAACAAGGAACAUGGACGAAUCCAACGACUCCGACGGCACUGGUCCCCCUUCCAAGCGCCCCAGGACGUCACCAUUUGACGAGACAAAUGGUGAAAAGGCUGUGCGGUUCGACCUACCCGAAAUGCCAUCGAUAGCCGUCAACGGGAAUUCCAUUCCAGACUCCGAUAUGGCAGAUGCUUUCGAUGCUCCAUCACCUUCUCCGAAUGGACAUCGCUCUUCAAACUCCUCCCUAGCUCCUACCAAAGAUAUUGCGCCGUCUGGUCUGACGCAGCAAGUUAUCCGUGCGAUUUCACGCUCUCCUAGUCCCGGAGUAUCCACUCCUCCUCAAUUCAACGUGUCGACGGAGCAACUUGGCCAGCUACAAUCUAUGUUGGUUCAGAAGACAGCUAACCUCGACGUAGAACAGCUCGAAGCUCUGAGGGCCCUUUGCUUGAACCUCGUAUGGGGCCAUAGAAGUGACUGGGACAGAGAUAAUCUGAUAAGACUCAUGAAGGAAGCCAUCGACAAGUACUUGAGCGAGAUUGGAGAGGUCAGCGAUGAAGAUGAUUAA